GUUGAAAAAUCUCGCGAUUUCAAUCUGACCCAAUUACGCCAACAUCCCGUCGUAAGGAAUUCACGAUCUUCCUCUCCGGCACUCGCACUGAUUGUUUUCCCUUUGCCCAGUUUCCUCGAUUUCUCUCUGUUCUCUUUCAUUUCAAUAGCUUUUCAUACAUCUCCGUGUUGUAUUGUUGAUUAUUGUUUUCUACCCUUUCCUUUUUUUCCCCUUCCCAUUCGUUUUUCCCCUUUGUUUUGUUUAAUCCGAUCUGAAAUUCUGUUCUGUUGCACUUUUUACGUCUGAUUCUUCAUUUGGCUGCCCGAACCCACCGGAGAUAUAUUUGAGCGUUGCAGGAGGUUGAUGGUAGAAUGAAUCAAGGAGGGAACACUGAGGCCGUAGCUACACUGGACCCAAAUGCGAUUCAGAAUCGAUAUGGUGUUGAUGGAAGCCAAGUGCAGAUGUCUUCAUAUCAAUACUUGACUGGGUCUGAUACUUCUUCAUGGACAAUGAAUAGAGUGGAAAAUCAGGCUGUGGAGAAUGAGAAUUAUUCAAGUUCGAACUAUUACUGUCCACAGCCUGUGGAGCCAGCCACGAGAAAUGUCCAGGAAGCAUCAAAUGCUGUGCCUGUCUCUGGUUCAUCUACUUUGUUCACUGCAAAUGUAGCUCAAGAUUAUAGUGGAUACACAUCAUACCCGAGUUCUACUGACCCAUCCAAUUAUGCUAGCACGGGUUACGCAAAUUACUACAGUGGCUAUCAGCAACAACCUAACCAUUCAUAUACUCAGCCUGUAGGGGCAUAUCAAAACACAGGUGCUCCUUAUCAGCCUCUUUCCUCAUUUCAGAAUACAGGGUCUUAUGCUGGGACUGCAAGUUAUUCAGGAACUUACUACAAUCCUGCUGAUUAUCAGACUGCUGAAGGUUAUCCAAGUACAAGUUAUAGCAAUCAAACUUCCGGAGGUUAUCCAAGUACAAGUUAUGGAAACCAGACUGCAGCAUGGAACCAGGGAAACUAUGCUGGUUACACAUCAAACACUUAUCAAAACUAUACUCCUGACACUAGUGGUGCUUAUACUUCCAGUGUUGCAUCAACAACAUCUGUGCAUUACCAACAAAAUUACAAACAAUGGUCUGACUAUUACAGUCAAACAGAAGUUCCUUGCGCCCCUGGGACGGAAAAGUUGUCUGUCUCUGGUGCAUCCAGUCAGAGUUUUCCUGUUCCUGGUAUUACUAGUCAAAUGCCUCCUUCUAGUGGCCAGCCUGCUCUGUCUUUUGUACAAUCCUGGAGACCGGAAACAAAUUCAUCCCAAAUUCCUCAGCAGCCUGGUGCAGCAGUUAGUGUCUCUAAUGAUGCUUAUUGGAUGCAUAAAGUGCCGAGCCAGCAAGCUCAACAUCCUGCUCCAACACAAAACCAUUAUCAAAGUCCCUUGGAGGUGAAACCUUCUAAUGAAACCUCUUUUCAAGAUCAUCAGAGAGGUGCAUAUCCUCAAGGAUUGAACUCCCAGUCUUCCAUUUGUCAGGCACCUGCACAUCCAGAUUACCACCAGCCUAUCCUGCCUGCAUCAUCACUAGAUACCCGAAGAGUAAGCAACCUACAGAUCCCGACCAAUCCUAGAAUUGCUUCAAAUUUGCCAUUAGGUUUUACCAAAACCGAUAAAGAUAGCUCAGCAGUCGGUGCAGCCAAAAAGCCUGCAUAUGUUACUGUCUCAAUGCCAAAGCCUAAAGACCAUACCACUGCUUUGCCUGAGCCUGGCACAUUCCCAAAGUCACUUCGUGGGUUCGUUGAGAGGGCUUUUGCCCGCUGCAAAGAUGAUAAAGAAAAGGCAUCUUGUCAGGUUGCCUUGAAGGAGAUUAUCACCCAAGCAACAGCUGAUGGUACCCUUUAUAUUAGAGACUGGGAUACCAAGCCUCUUUCAUCUGUACUUAACGCGGAUAUGACCAACAACCAGCUGCAAAGUUCAACCCCUGCUUCUUCAGUAGCACAGAAGAGUCCUACAAGGCGAUCCAAAAGUAGAUGGGAGCCGUUAUCAGAAGAAAAAACAGUUGCCAGUUCCAAAUUGUCUACAACUUACAGCAGUGAUUACAAGUUUGGAGGUUGGAGUCACCAAAGUGAGGACAGAAAGGGUUUGGAAAGUUCUCAAAAGGUGGGUGGUUUCACUGACUUUAAAUCCACUUACUCCGUCCAAAAAUCUGCCAAAAAGAAUUUUCAGUGGCCUGUCAAGCGCCAGCGUUUAGUUGAUGGUGCAAAUACUGCUGUUGGUAAUGAUGCGUCAAGUGACAGUGACACGGAGCACAGUUUGACUCCUUACUAUUCUAGUGCAAUGACACUAGCUAGUUCGGCAGAGGAAAACAAACGCCGUGAAAGCCGCUCCAAACGUUUUGAGAAAAGUCAAGGGCACAGCAGGGAGAGUAACAAUCUCAAACCGAAGAAUGCUAGUGUCGGGAACCUUUAUUCUAGAAGAGCUACUGCAUUAGUGCUAAGCAGAAGUAAUGAUGACAGUGGCAGCAAAGCCGUGGAAGACAUUGACUGGGAUGCGCUAACUGUUAAAGGAAGCUGCCAGGAAAUCGAGAAACGUUAUCUCCGUCUUACAUCCGCACCGGAUCCUUCCACUGUAAGGCCGGAAGAUGUGCUAGAAAAAUCUUUGUUGAUGGUCCAGGGCUCUCAAAAGAACUAUCUUUAUAAAUGCGACCAGUUGAAAUCUAUUCGCCAAGAUCUAACUGUGCAACGGAUAUGCAAUCGAUUAACUGUUAAGGUUUAUGAAACGCAUGCAAGAUUGGCUUUGGAGGCUGGGGACUUACCUGAGUACAAUCAGUGCUUAGCCCAGCUGAAAAUCCUCUAUGCCGAAGGUAUUGAAGGAUGCCGCCUGGAGUUUGCUGCUUAUGACCUGCUUUAUAUUACUCUGCACUCUAAACAUAACCGUGAGCUGCUAUCAUCUAUGUCGAGAUUGUCGGAUGAGGCAAAGAAGGACGAAGCAGUCAAACAUGCGCUAUCAGUCCGCGCAGCAGUAACUUUGGGAAAUUAUGUUAUGUUCUUCAGGCUCUAUAAGACUGCACCAAACAUGAACAGUUGCCUCAUGGACCUUUUCGUGGAGAAGAUGCGGUUUAAGGCUGUGAACUGUAUGACUCGUGCCUGUCGUCCCACGGUACCUGUCUCAUACUUAGCUCAGGUCUUGGGCUUUACUGGCAGCGAUGAAAAAGAGACCGAUGGGAUGGAGGAGUGUUCGGAAUGGCUAAAAGCCCAUGGGGCAACCCUCAUUACUGACGAUAACGGAGAAAUGCUCCUCGAUGCAAAGGCUUCAUCAUCUGGUCUCUACAUGCCAGAACCCGAGGACGCGGUGGCCCAUGGAGAUCGUAAUCUAGCUGUCAACGAUUUUUUCAGUCGUACGUUACCAUAGAUAUACCGACAUUGCCCGUGGCCGAGCAUAGUCCAAUCUCGUCCAAGAAUAACAUCAGAUUCGCCAAACGGAGACAAUGGCUAUGAAAAAGGGAUCCGGGGGAAGAAAAGGUACACGGCCCUGGAAACUUUGUGUUUUUAUAUAGGUCUGUAGAAAAAAGGGGGUUUUGUUUCUGGAAAGAGGAGAAAAAAGCUCGUUUUGUGUUUUGUAGCGUUUUCUUGAAUUUGGGCUUUUAUUACGCGUUUGUGAAUAUUGAAUUGAAUCAUAUUCUUUCUAUCAGAUUCAUAAACAUGUUUCA